UUUUCCUACAUUGUUAAUUUCAGUCCCAUAUAUGAUUAUUCUCGUGUGUUCUAUUGGAAAUCGGAGCAAAUUACAAGGUACACCUCAUAAUUAUCAUUAUGGCAUCAUCGGGUGACUUGGUGGAAAAAGGAACAAAACGUAGCAUUGAAGAGGAAGAUGAAGAUGAUGAAUGGAUUGGUCCGAUGCCCGCGGAGGCUAUCAAGCCUAAAAAGAAAAAGGUGCUCGAGUUUGAAAAUGUGUACUUGGACAACAUGCCUUCUGCAGAGCUCUAUGAAAAGAGUUUGAUGCAUAGGGACACCAUCACUCAUGUUGCUGCCACAAAGACCGAGUUUAUCAUCACUGCCAGCUGCGAUGGCCAUGUCAAGUUCUGGAAGAAGCAGGAGGGUGACAUUGAAUUUGUCAAACAUUUCAGAGCACAUUUGGGUAAGAUACAAGACAUAUCUGUGAGCAGUGAUGGUGCAUACUUGUCAACUAUAUCUGAUGAUAAAUCUGCAAAGAUCUUUGAUGUUACAAACUUUGAUAUGAUCAACAUGAUGAAGCUGACCUUUGUACCUGGUCGAUGUCAGUGGAUCUACAGAGCAGGCGAUGCUAUACCUGCACUUGCCAUAUCUGAUAGAGAGAGUGGUAAGAUUUAUGUUUAUGAUGGAAAGGGUACAAGUGAACCCCUACACACACUGGACAAUAAGCAUUCUGCUCCGGUCAUACUUAUCAAGUACAAUCCAGUUUUUGAGGUUGCUCUCUCCGUUGAUAAACAAGGCAUCUUAGAGUAUUGGAAAGGACCAAAGAAAGACUACUGCUUCCCAUCUUGUGUUAGCUUCGAGUAUAAGACGGAUACAGAUCUAUAUGAGUUUGUCAAGUGUAAAACAGUACCUACCAGUGUUAACUUCUCUCCUGAUGGUAAACUUGUAGCAACGAUAGCCAAAGAUAGAAAGAUUCGCAUCUUUCGCUUUCUGACGGGUAAACUCACCAAGGUGUUAGAUGAAUCUUUGAAGACAUUCACAGAACUUCAACAGAUGAGGCAACAGCUACCUGAUAUGGAGUUUGGUAGACGAAUGGCAGUAGAGAGAGAUUUGCAGAAAUCGGAUGCAUUCUCUCUUGCAAAUAUCAUCUUUGAUGAGAGUGGUUACUUUGUGUUAUAUGCUACCAUGCUUGGUAUCAAGAUACUCAACCUACACACCAACAGGAUAUCACGAAUUAUAGGAAAGCAAGAGAAUGUUAGGUUCUUGCAUCUCAGCAUGUAUCAAGGGAAACCCAAACAAACGAAGGGCGCCCUCACGCUAGAGAUGACCGCGUCUGAUAAUCCUUCCUUAAUGGGCAGCGAAGCAGACCCUACCCUGGUUUGCAGUGCCUUCAAGAAAAACCGUUUCUACCUCUUCACAAGGAGGGAGCCCGACGAUGCAAAGAGUAAUGAAGCUGAAAGAGAUGUAUUCAAUGAGAAACCAAGCAAAGAAGAACAAAUGGCUGCAACACAGGGUGGAUCAGCCCAGAGACUAUCCAGUACUGCUAUUCUUCAUACCACUAUGGGUGAUGUCCAUGUAAAACUCUUUACAGAAGAAUGCCCAAAGACCAUAGAGAAUUUCUGUGUACACAGUCGGAAUGGUUACUAUAACGGACAUAUCUUCCAUCGAGUCAUCAAGCAGUUUAUGAUUCAGACGGGUGAUCCACAAGGUAAUGGAACUGGAGGAGAAUCAAUAUGGGGAGGAGAGUUUGAGGAUGAGUUUCAUCCCAAAUUAAGACAUGAUCGUCCCUACACACUCAGCAUGGCCAAUGCAGGACGUAACACCAAUGGCUCUCAAUUCUUCAUCACUGUAGUCCCAUGUCCAUGGUUGGAUCAGAAGCACACCGUGUUCGGACGGGUCAUCAAGGGCAUGGAAUGCGUCCAGAAGAUCAGUGAGGUCAAAGUUCACCCCAAGACCGAUAAGCCCCUGGAUGACAUACGUAUCGUCAGUAUAUCCGUCAAAUGAUACCAGUGUGUGUUGAUUGUGAAAUCAGACUUCAGGGUCCCAUAACAUAUUGCUUGGCGAAUGAUCAUGGGACUGAUUCUCAUGAUUUGUAUUUGUUUCAAUCUGCUUUUGAACAAAAGUUCUCUCUCAAUUUCUGAACUUCUUUUGACAUCUUAAGCGUUUUUGUCAAAGUGGUAUUGGCACUAUGACAAUACCAUAUGUAUUAUCAUACCCAAUAAUGAAUGCGAUCAAUCAUCGAUGUCAGACCCAUGAUGAAUUGCUAAUCUUUAUAAUAUGGGGUUUCGGAUCUUAUGAUGGACAGUGCUGUUGAAGACUGUGCAAAUCUCCCUACCAACUACCAAUUAUGGUGCAAAACAGAUUGAUAUUAUUGGUACAGGUCAAGGGUCAAUGAACUGACAAGCACACAUUGACUGUGGCUUGCUUACACAUUUGCAUCUGACAACAAUAAGGAUUGUGUGUGUGUUUAAUUUUGCUUUCACUUCAUAAAAGUAAUAGUAGCUGGAUUUAUAAAGUGCUUUUUGCCUGAGGAUACAAAGCACUGCUAUUGUUUCCCCGGGUUCAGUUGCGCUGCCCAUAUAGGCACGCAAGGAAUUUCUUCCUACCAGGUUUCUUCAAAUUUCUUCCUAUCGUAGAAACCAUCAAAUUAAUACCCUUAAAGGGGAAUGAAACCUUUGGAAUAAGCAUGCUUGUGUUGAAACAUAAAAAUCAAAGAAACAGAUCAACGUAAGUUUUAGAAAAAUCAGACAAACAAUGAGAAAGUUAUGAGCAUUUGAAUAUUGCAAUCACUAAUGCUAUGGAGAUCCUCCCAUUGGCAAUGCGACAAGGAUGUGUGAUGUCACAUGUGAACAACUUUCCAUUUGAUGGACUAUAAAAUACCCCCCAAAUGUCUCUUUUUGCUUUUUCUUAUGGUGAUACAAACUCUUUAUCCGUGAUGUAUUCUUUAAAAAUCUGUAUUACAUGCUCUCCUGUAGAAAGAACGCAUGAUCUACUGAUAGAUGUGAUAAAAGAGGCAAUUUAAGUGAAAUAUAUACUAAAGUAACGGGGAGAGUUGUUCACAAGUGACAUCACACAUCUUUGUCACAUUGCCAAUGUGAGGAUCUCCAUAGCAUUAGUGAUUGCAAUAUUCAAAUGCUCAUAACCUGAUUAUUUGUCUGAUUUUUCUCAAGCUUUCGUUGAUGUGUUUCUUUGAUUUUUCUGUUUUCACACAAGCUAUAUUGUUCUAAAGGUUUCAUUCUCCUUUAAUAACAAAAUUUUUAUUCUGAUUAUCAGUAUUCUGUACUGAAAAAUGAGAAUACUGAUAUGGUUUCAUGCAAAAUACUGAUUUCUACUAAGGUUUCAGUUUUAUGUGUUAUCCUAAAGUAUUUCUUUGAAAUACUGAUUUUUAGUUUUUAAAAUACUGAAAUGUUCUUGUUCAGGUUGGCGGGUCUAUAUUUUGGUUCAAAACAGUCUGUAAGUUUCCUUUCUUGCAAUAGUCAUGUGCUGUGAUAGAAUUUUAGAUGAAUUUUAAUAUACAUGCAUUAUUUUGGUCAAGAAGCACAGAAAGUUGAGGUAAGUUAACUGUUGGCAUAUCAGUACUGUGUAAGAACGAUAGUUAAGUAAGUGAUCAUAUUUGCCUAAUUUGAAUAAAAAAAAUAAUUUCCUGAGAUUUCAAGAAAACUGUAGAAGGAAAAGAGGACCUAUGUAGAGACAGUUAUUUUCUGUUUUAUAGAAAAUUUACAAAACACAAAGCAAGAAUUCUGUUUUGCAAGGAUUAAUUCAAUGAAUUUUCACAUGAAAAGUAAAGAACCAACAAUGGAUUACAGGUGAACGGAAAAUCACUGUCCUCAGUAAUGCAAGGACUAUGAUUUGUUUUGGCCUUUAUUUCAGCCAAACUACUUGGCUGCUAUUCCUUGGUUUAUUUUAAACAGUCAGAUAGGAUUUGUGAAUCAAGAUCAUAUCUAAGGUGUGUUUUGAUUAACACAUAUCAGUCUAUUUUCAAAGUCUGAAAGGAUAUGUAGUAUGAAGGGGACCCAUAUCUGCAAACCCAACUAUUUAACUUAAGAUUUAACAUGAAUUUUUUUUAAUUUCACAUUAUUAUAUUCUGAUGAGCAAGUGUGCAAAAAAUCUCAUAAAAAUUUGAAAUAUAUUAAUUUCUCGGAAAAAACCUCACCCAGUCAUUUUCAGAUUGAACAAAAAAAUGGUGCCCCAUGUCUGCUCAACCAUUCACUUUACACACGCUUCGGGAUGUCGAUGAGAAAGGCUGCAUUUUUAGGCCGUCACAUGAAAUGCCAAAAAUUGCUUAUUUUUCUACCAUUUUGAGUGAUAUUUAUAAUGAAUAUCAUUCUCUGUAUUGUAUGUGUAAAGUUGCAUAUCUUCUUUUACUAGAAUUGUGCAGAUACGCGUGAGUGCAGACUUGGGGGGACCUUACCAUACAUCAUAAGAUAUGAAAAUGUCUUGUCCCUACUUUUUUUAUUUUAAAAAUUACUUCUCUAGCAUACAAUGGGACCACAUUAUAGGAUGCAGUAUAUGAGAUAGUAAUUGAAGGACUUUUGAAAAGUACAUCACCAAUGGUCGCCUUGCUUGAAGAAGGGUGUCAACUUUUGCAUACACUCUACAUUAUGCAGAAAUUAAUGCCCUUCUGCCAGCAAGGCAACCAUUGGUGAUACAUGUAUGUUUCUCAAAGGUUCUAUUCGCAUAACGCACAUGAGCCAUCGCCCUCAUGCAAGAUGCACAGGGAUUGAAAAUCAACGUACGGCAGCCAAGUGACGAAAUCUGAUUUAUUGGUAACUGCACAUUGGAAAGCUUUGAAUGUUAAUGAUUGUCAAACUAAUGUUUACAUUGUUAAAUCUUUAUAAGGGACAGCUUUGGAGCUGCUGGAAGGUAUUAUUCAUCAGGGUUCAUGGUAUUAAGAAAUUUCUUGGCCAAGUAAUUUCAUACAAAAUCUGAAACAAAAAAUCACCAAAAUAAUUGUAUAAAUUGAGACAAUACUUUAAUUAUAUUUUGUAUGACACAUUCAAACUUUAAUGAUUAUAAAUUCCAACAUCUGUACAAUUUCUACAUUUUAUGAUACAGUACAUUAAAAAUAGACUUCAGAUAAAUUAUUUGAAAUGUACAUCUUAUUACAUAAACACUCUAAAUACAUCUAUAGAAGAUUAUACAAUCAAUAUGUCAAACAUGAUCAUCUUUUUUCCCACUUAAAAAGACUUAAAAGUUAAUCAUGUGAAGACCUAAGAAAUAGCCAAUAGCAAUAUAAAAGGAAAUCACAAUAUUCCAUAUGUGCUGAAGGCUAACACAUGAAUAAUUGGUUUUUAGCUGAAAUUUUAGUUUUGUUACAAAGGGAAAGUUGAAUUAAAGGAGACGAGAGGAUGACUUUGGAUGUUACAUUUUUGUGUACAAGCAUGUACAUGUAUUUAAUGUAUGUAAAUAAAUAUUUUGUACAACA